GUGCGCAUCAGUGGCUCACUACUUCCUUUCAAAAUGGCGACUCGCUUGGAUGUGGACAUCGCGAUUGAAAGUCUUCUGGAAAGUGAAGUGGAAGAGAUUUCUAGAGAUGGACAGGAGAAAUAUGUGCCGUAAGUAUUUUUUCGAGUAUUAACUUUGAGAUACAUGUAUCUCAUAGAUAUAGAGGAAACUGUGUUCCAACAUAACAAAUUUGUAUUUUGGUCAUGCCAUAAUGAGGGUAGUAACGGUCAUUAAGGAGGGGUCUUGAUCCCAUUUCACGUACAAAUUUUGGCAAAUUUCACUUAUCACGUGGGUUAUAAACCGUUUUCACGAGUCACGAAUAUCACCUGUUAGUUAAGAGGGCUAAGAACCCAAACAUAGUCAUUAUGGAUCCCAAUUCGCAUUUUAGUUGACGAUCGCAGCUUCUCCCCGCUUCUCCUCUCAUUAGAAUGUUGGUGGGGCGAUGUUAAAGGGUGUUACCGAGCAGUCGCGGAUGUGGGAAACUCGUGCUUCCAGGUGUGCGUUCCACUAAAAUGCCCCUGAUGGUACUUCUUUUUACCCGCUAGCAACUGAAGCCUGCGUGGCAAGCGCAGGUUAGUUUUUUGGUUAGUUUUACUCCUUUCUCUCCCUUCGGUUUAACAAAACCAGUGUCUCCAGUGCAGGCUACAGCGGCUGUGACCUCCGAGGGUCAAUUUGCUCAUUUUAACCCAAAACGAAGCAACACAAAGAUUGCUGAAGUGGUAGCCUCCCCACCAUCUGACCACCACACUCUACUAUCUGAACGCCUGGAACAGGCUACUGAAGUGGACCAUAAUUAAUCUCAAAGGUCACUGGUCACAUGCAGUUUUAGGGUGUGGUCUUUAGGUAAUAAUUAUCAACCAAGACAAAAACGUAACGCAGAGAUUAAAACCAGUGGCCCUAUUCAACCUAUCUGUCCUAUAUUCUUGAUUUUUCACGAAAUGUGACAAAUUAUUCACGAGUCCCGCACAAAUUUUAAAGGGACACAGUCAGCUGAUGCACAUGCGCGUUAAAUACCAUUUCUUAGCUGAUUUCUUGUACAAGACGUAUGUGAAACAAAAGCGUAUCCGGAAUACUCUAAAUAAACCUUGUGGAGUUGAACUAGUUACAAGCUGAAACCUAAGCCACAUCAGAACACUCAUUUUUGAUAUACCAUUGAGAAUUCACCAAUGGAUUUUUCCAGGGAAACCAAACAUCGACGAAUACUUCCCAAUUCGAACAUCAGUAGAGGUGAGAAAUUGCAUAAAGUCUGAGUGAUUGUACUGUGUGGAAGGUUCAUGGUCGAGAACGCUUGAUUUUUCAAAUAUAUGUAACCUUUUCCAUCCAUUUUCCAAAUAUAUAUAACGAUUAUUUGCUCGUCAAUGUUACUGAUUCAUUUCUCUUGUUGUUUUUGUAAACGAAGGUGAAUUCUCCCGCCCGGUGCCUACACAUUUCUCACCUCUCCUGUUCAUGUUCCUUCGAAUACUGUUUUUAACCAAAUAUGAUAAAAUAAUGUAAUACGAUGGGUAAAAGUUUGCUCAAAAAGAGAUUUUCAGUAAAAGAUUGAGGAUCAAAUGAAACGCUAGGUAGGAUUGAAGUGGAUUUCUAGAUGUAUCGGACGCGUAGAUUUGAUUUCGGGUUGAGGUAAACACUUUUCAAACUGGCGAAAGUAGAGUCCAGGCCAGUGCAGUCCCAUAGCUGACUGUGAUGCUUUAAGAUAAAUCACACUUUGCAUAACUGGUUUCACAGAUGACGUCCCUAUUUUGGGAACUUUCACGCUUCACGCAAUUAAUUGGGACCUAAUCACACGUCACGCGUAAACCCUUUGCUACCCUCCAUAAUAUGACAUCUUUCCUUGCUAGCAAAGGCCUUCUAGCAAGAGGAAGGUGGGAUGAAGGAGAAAUACCUCUGCCUGCCUCUGACUUGCUCUUUCAUAUAGCCUCGGACCUCAUUUGUGGCCGAAACUGACUGGUUUUCAAAAUUAGUUUUGUUUAAUUUCUGAGCCCAAACUGGUUCUGUAAUUUGUGUCACACUUGACUAAAACAUUACUGGUUAUUAAGGAAACACCAGUGCAUAUGUGAUCGCAAAUGCAUCAGGGACUGGCAGAGGUCCCUUUCCUCUCCUUACAUUUUGCUCUCUCUAUAAGAGACCUCUUUUAGCAGGCAGUUGAUAUCUGCACUCCUGACUCCUCUCCCCAAUAAUUAUGUCAAGGACUAAUCAUGUGCCAACUCAAAUGUGAUUAAGAAAAUGUUAAUGAAAUGUAAAUACUCUGGCCCUGUGUACCUCACUAAUCCAUUCCCCCUUUUCAUCUUAACACUUAAAGCCCCAGAAAUCCAGAUAGUUACAAAUUCUCCACACGUAUCUCCAUACAUUUCCUUAAAGAAUGUUGAGAGAAUUUGAAAAAAGAUCAAAGAAUUAUCCUUUUGGUGAUGAUUUUCUGAAUUCUCAUACACUUUUCUCUCAAUGAUGUAAAAACACUGUUAGGAGAAAAUUGAUGGUGAUCAGUCUUGGGACUGAAAGGUUUAUGUAAGUGCCCAACCACUCCCAAGGAUGUUUCCUAGGAUAGCAGUGUAUCUUGUUUGGUUAAGAUCUUAUGCUGGGCACCCUGGAGUCAAAGGCGCAAAGCGCUGAGCUCUAUUUAAUUUAUCCUAGAGAAGCAUCCUCAGCAUCAGCUAUGAUGAUGUUAUUAUUGCAAAGCAGAUUACAUCGUUAUUCCCAUGGAUGUUAUUAGGAUGAUUGUGAUGAUGGCUUCCUUUACCCGAGGGAAAGUUGCUUGCAUAAGACUUCACUCUAACAACAGCAUAGAACAUAGACAAUGAAAUAAUAAGAUUCCUGAAGCAUUAAUUGUUCCCUUGGUGGUCCCAAAAUGACUAAGAAAUUAUUUCUUGAAUGAGUAAUGAGCAUUAAUGUCAACCAACUAUUUGUGACGUUCAAAAAGCACUAAACAGUAAUAACUGUGUUGGUACUGUGUUGUGUAUAAUUCUGCACAAAAGUCAGAGUUUGUUAACUACCAUCACCCAAGUAAGACAUACAUUGAUAAUAAUUAUGGUAAAAAUGUUGUGGUUAAUAUCAAAAUGGCUUUUGUGAGAAAAAUAAUAAAUCAAUUAAGCUGUUACAUUUUGGCAAAAAUCACUAUAUCCACCAUAGCUUUCAAUGACAUUAUUUUCUGUUUUUACCCUAAAAGUCAGCUGUCCAUGUCAGAGAAACUUGCUAAGUUGGCUCACAAAAUAGACUUCUUAUCUGAUGUGAAAGGACAUGAAGAGGAAAAAGAUGAACAAGAAGAAGAAGAGAAGUCUCUAGUGACAUUUCAACCUUCACUUUGGCCAUGGGAUUCUGUGAGAGAAAACCUAAGGUAUUUUUCAAAAAAUAAUGAAUUUAAUGUCCAAGGCUUGAAAUUAUAGUUGUCUCAAGUAGCUUGGGUUUUACAAGAUUUACAUUAAUAUUACAAUAGACCAGACUGAAACAGAAAAUUUAAUUAAAACAUUGCAUAUUUUAAGAACCACUGUUACAACAGUGUGUUACAUUAAAUUAAUGUAACACACUUUUCCUAUAAAUUUUAUGGAAAAAGUUCAGAUUUUCACGUUCAGAUUUUCACUGCAGUGUUGUUUGACAUUAUUUUUAUUGGCGGAAAGGUUAUUGUUAGUAAGUUUUUCCUUAAUAUCGUUUUUGCAGGAAGUCGUUAACAGAAAUUUGUGUGUUAUCGGAUGUACUGAAUGUGGUACGUGACAAAAAAUACCUGAUAUUGGAUCCAGUGUCGCAAAACCAAGCCACACCUAAACCAACCCUCUCCCUUAUUAACAAGAAGAAGGUACUGUAAUAAUAAUUGCUCUCUUUUGCUUCAAAUUAACCACAUUAUUUUUACUUUGUUCGUGCUCAGAGCAUCAUUUAAGUACUUACUGCAUUUUUUUCCAGUGUGUAUUACUGUGGACUAGUGUACCGUGCAUAGUUUCUAUAAUGUAUGUGAAGCUAGCCCAAAACAGACCUGGAUUUUAGUUUUCUUCUGGGGAUAGGUGAUUUCAGGGCCAGAUUUUUUCUUCCCCCUCCUCCUCUCCUAUAUACCAACAGUGAAUUUAAGAGGUGAUACUGUGAUUGACUUAAACACUGUUCAUUGGGUUAAAUUAGCAUGUGUAAUGUAGUUACAUUAACUUAAACAAAAAUGAAUAAAAUGAUGCAACAAGCUAUGAGAAGAUCCAGGCCACUAAAGGUGUCUAUCUGUGUUCAUAACACUUCUAACUAAACUUGAUCGAAACUCCAGGUGCAAUAUUAGCGGAGCUCCACACGCGUGAAGUGUGCAAAGCAGAGCACCAUGGGUAAGAACACUACCCAUGCGAGAAAUUUUGGUAAUCAUGUGACUGCACGCCUGACCGACCGUCCGUCCGCACCACAGGCAUACCAAUGUAAAAUAUCUCAACCAGUAGGUAUGGCAACCCAAAUGCAACUCGAGGUUUUAUUUUGGUGGGAAAUCGCAUAGCCACCCACGUCUUGUGAAGCAGAGACAACUAAAGAGUCAAUAAAGAUGAAAACGGAAAGCGGAAAUUGUUUCUGUAUCCUUGUUGUCUAAAGUAUUAAGCUUAGAUUAAUUGUCAUGUCCACAAAUUUGGAAUAUAGAGAAAAAAUAAAGAGGGCAACAGGCCAGCGAAGGUCAAGGAGAAAAAGAGCAACAGAGAGCUAGAGCAGAAGAUAAGGAGCUAUUUGUUGGAAGAACACCAUGAAAAUUUUUUAGUGGCGGUGAGAAAAUGAGAAAACCUAGCAGCCACCAAGGUGAAAAUGAGCGAGUGAAAAAAAGUGAACAAUAACAGGUACAACAUUUCUUCCAUAAAACGUGUAACACGGAAGUUUCUGGAAGUUUCACGUUGUGGUUGUGCAAAGCAACGGCAAAGAAAUGUACAAAAAAAGUGUGCUGCACGUGCAAAGUUGUUUUUUUGCUAAUUAGACCUAUUGCUGUUUUUUUCACCGUUCUUGUUGCCUUCGCCGCUUAGCAUAACAUGAUUUUACAAUUUGUUUGAGCAAACUAUAAAUAUUAUUGAGAGCUUCGCUUUUAGCCCUGGCUAAAUCUAUAUAUUGUAAUGCUUCUAAGAGAUCAAUACAUAAUAUAGAGUGAGAAACUAUAACAUAGCACAGACUGCUCACAUAAAUUUUUCCUAUUCAUUAAUAAAAAAUGGUGUUCUUUUCAUAGAGUCUGACCAAUGCUGCAGAUAUUCUGCUCCGAGGAGCCCAGAGGAUGGAAGAUGCUGUGAAGGAAAGGGCUGAUCGUAACUCAGGACAAACCAGCAGUGCUAAAGAUUUUCAUUCUGAACUUAUGAUGUUACGUAAGAGAUGGAGAUUGAAGAGGACAGGAGCUUCAAUAAUUGGAGAUUUAACAUACCGUUCAGGUAAAAAAGAUACUGCUGUUUGCAGUGCUGCUUGCAGCACUAUUUUCUAGUAGUGUUUGAUGUUCCCCACUGACUCAUUAGCUUUGCUUUUGGGGGAAUUACAGUCACGCCAGUUGACCCCCGUUCAAAGGAACAACCACGGAUUGGGUAAGAUUUUCCCUUACUCAAAUUGGCAGUAGACCAAUUUCUAAUGAAGAGAAAUUCAAGUAUCUCCUUGGUUUAAUGGGAUACCUCAAUUUUGAGAGUGAUCAUAGAGAUCAAGAAGACCCUUCACAAGACCCUUGGAAGGUCUCACCUUUCCUAUGAAUCAUUUGAGUCUGUCACUGUUUACUUUGUGAGAAAUCUAAAUAAUCAUCCCUUGACGUAAUUGUUGAGACUGAAGGAGAAGAAGAGGUUCAUAUAAUGAAUGUAUCAAAUCAUGUGGGGGCGAGAUGCCUGUAGAGUGGAAGACAUUGAAAAUAACCAGGAGUUGACCAAGAUGAUGAGGAGAUUAGAGAUUGCUAAAGGCCAUGCAUGGAAUCGAUGGAAGAGAGAGUACAUGUAUAUAUCCACAGUUUAAUGGAAAACCAUCCCCUAAACAAGGAGGUGGGAGUCAUACUUACAGUAGGGGAGGCUGCUCUUCUUCUGGGUGAUGAGAAGAACCAGGGAGAAUGGAGGACAAAGAGAGUGCUGUGCCUUGCUCAAAGCAAGGGAGGAGUUGUAACGGGGUAAUACUGUUGCACAAUGGACUGGCCAUUCGGCAUCCUAGAUUCAGCUAGUGUGCCAACUGGAGAUUCUAAGCGUGGAUCCAAUAUUUUUCACAAGCAGGAGGGGAGGAGGGAUGAAAUUCAGCCCAGAAACAAGAGAGUGGAGAGACCUGCAGAAAGGUGGAUUGCAAUGUAGAUGAAAGCAGAGGAGGAGGAUUGACAUUGAUUUACCUGUAUUGGAGGGCAAGCGCUUAUACCAAAGUGCAUUGUGUUAUACAUGUUUAACCCUUAAACCCCAAAUUUGGCCAGUACAGGUAGCAUCUCCCUAAAAUAACCUUAUGGGGUAAAUUUAUUGUCAAUUCAAAAAAGUAUCUUAACUAUUAUAUCCAAGCAGUGAAACAAAUUCUCUUAACUAGUUCUUUAAAGAAAUGUAUGAAGUUUUUUAUGGAGACUUUAAAUGUGGAUAUUGGGGAUUAUAGGCGGGUUAAAUGGUUGAUUGUCUAGUGUGAGCUGCUGAAAUAAUUUGAUUUUCCUUUUCCAGUGGGAUCUCAGUUUAGGAAUCCAGGAUUAUUUGAAGUUACUAAAGCCACCAACCCUGAAGACACUGUUGAGCAGCGGUCAACGGAUAACAGAGCACUGGAUGUGACAGUAGGCAGUGACCUAGAGGGCACAGCACAAGUCAGGGUUGCCAUAGUUACAUCUGGAAAGCAGUUAGAAAUAGCCUCUAUAAGAGGUAGGAAUUCACACCCUUUUUCAUUUUCAAAUCUCAGAAAUGUUGAUACCAAAUUACUGAAAACAUAACAAAUAAAUGGGAAAAAAUGCUUUUAGAGUGUACAAGGUGUAUAUAGUUGGGAGCUGUCUUUGCUACAGGGCAUUACAUUGGAGUCCUUAUUUUGGAGGUGGGUAUUGUAGGAGGUGUGGUGUUGCUGGAACCAAGUGAACUUUCCAUAUUAGAGUGGUGGGUGUUGGUAUUAUCGAGAUGGGUAAAUUGUUUGAGACUUGACAAGAGAACUAUGCAUACAUGUAAUAGAGAGCUGUCUGUACUAGAAAGGUGUCCAGCAGGAGAUGUUCCACUUUAUAUCAACUCCAUUUUCAGAACCUGAUCCAAUGAAAUGGUUUGUAGCCAGAGUUAUGAUUUUUUAGUAUGCUCAAAUGGCUACCAGUGUUUCAUCACAUUUUGAAUUCCUCUCUUGUCAGGGCUGAUGAGUGGUUGCCAUGACAGCAGAGCAGUAGGCAUCCCAUCCUGGCAACGGAAGUUAGAGUCAGCACAGUUCAACCUGUUCUGCAAGGAACUCUUUAUCCAGGUUUGAAGAAUAUCUAGAUGUCUGUUAACAGCUGAUAUUUUUGUGACUGAUAGGUUAUUAAGGCUGGCAGAAAUUUGGCAGAAAUUUGAAUCAAAACACUUCUCAUUACGUUUUAAAGUAGACAGGUAGGAUGUAAAAGUAUGUGGCUUGGCAAUCAGGUGCUGUAGGCAAUUUGAGGCUUUCACUUCCUCACUUUACCCAUUUUUCCCAAAAAAGUAGACAGCCCAGACCUCAAAGUAGCUGGUUUUUCAGCUGGUUGCCAGCUUUUAAUGAGAACCCUGUGUUGCUAAGUGAAAUCAAUACAAUUCACAGGAUGUCAAUAGCCAGCAUACCAGUCCAGCACAGUAACACAUUGUUGGCCAAGAGCACAUGUACAUUGUACAUGUACAUGUCAGUUGCCAGGGGCUGACUGUGUGCAGCUAGAGGACUGUCUUGGUCGUCUUUUCUGAUAGUACGUGAGAAAAACAUGAAGUCCAGCUUGUCCUUCAGACCAUCAGCUCUCAAAUUCUUCAAAAUUAAUUGCCUAGGGCGAGUCCACAUAUUUGUGUGUUUUUUUGUGUAAAUUAGUUAGAAGAUGCCUUGCCUGGCCCUUGCCUUUAAGACAAGUGGGUAUGAACAUAGUGUUACUUGCCUGGCAGGAAAAUCCAUCGCUUGCAAAAACAGUGGUCUCUCCUCGCUCCUCACUGCUAGGGACAUUUCUCUAGGAGGGAAUCUAAAAAUAUGAAAUCAGUUACGGUAGUAGUAAGGGGGCUCCAAAUGUAAAAUUUGUUUGAUUUUAUGUUUCUCCUGGUCGAUUUUGGUAAAAAUUUGUGUUCUUUGGCAGACAAGCUCCAACAAAACUUGAAUGCUUCUGUUAGAGAAGAAGAAUUAUAUUCCACAAAAAUGGACUGUUUUGUAGUAGAUUAAUUGUGUUUACAUUUGAAUGCGGACAGAUUUUAUGUCUGCUCAUCAGUAUGGAAUUUCUGUCACUGACGCGCAGACAUCCCUCCUGAUGAAACGUCCCUAUCAGCAAAGAGCAAGUAUAGACAGCUGUUUUCACAGGCUAGAAAAUCUACUAGUCUUGGAUGACUUGACAAGAAUUUUUUCAAUCUUUGCUCUGAUGGAUUUCCUUUUAUUAAUUAACAGCUGUCACAAGAAGCAUACAACACAACUGACAACAGACCACACUCUGUAAUGGCAAAUGAAAUCAGAGCUGAGGUGAGUUUAGUGAACUGGUGUCUAAAGGUUUUUUUCCAACUAGCGACCCUUGCUUGACAUUUUAAAGGUUGUUUUUAAGUUUUUUUUUUUUUUUUUCAAGUAUUGUUUUAAUUCAUUCCAACAAACUGUUUAUAAAUAAUUAUUACUCUAAAUUUUUUGUGUCAACAGAUUUUUCCGGGAACAGAUCUCUGCAUAACUUACUGUUCCCAAAAAGAGGAUUCGAAUCAACGCUCAUUUAAGGUACAGAGAAUGAAAACUUGAUACAUUUUUUUUAAAUAUUCAGUGUUAUAUGUAAUAAUAAUAUUUUAGACAUUGUUGCGCACAAGUCAUGAUACAUAAAAAUGGACAUACAAGAUAUUUUGUUUUGCUUCACUUGUCUGUGAGGUGGUAUUGGGUAUUUUUCUAUAGAGAUAAUACUAAUAAUACAACAAAACUGAAUUAAAUGUCAUUCUUUUGGUAUGCAUUAGUAAGUUUGAAAAUGGAAACAAUUUUAAAGUAAUAAAUCCACAAUACUAUGUCAAAUAAUUUAAAGUAAUAAAUCCACAAUACUUGUCAAAUUUUGUUGAAACACUCGACUGAAAGUGGGGAUUUUCAUGUCAUGCCUUCUCAACCAACUUUUUGAACUUUUCCUGAAGUGUAUCUUUGCUCGCCUUCCCCAAUGUUGAGAUUUGCAUAUAUUUACAACUGGGUCAGUGAUACAUGAGUUAACAUUGGGAAGGGCGUAACGUGACAGUGUUUCAACAAAUGUGACGAGUAUUGUACAAUGUAGGUGCUUUUGAUUGAAGUAGAGAUAACAUACUUUUUUGUUCAUGUAGGGUGCAGGGGAUACUCCCCCCCCCUGCCCAUCUGUUUCUUAUGGUCCUCCUUGUUCUGACUGCAGUCAUUAAGAGCUGGGGAUUCCCCAAGCUCCUAUGAGCGUGGCCCCUGGUUAAUUUCAUAAGAAAAUAGAAGAAAAAUAGAACCAAAAGAAAUUCCGAGCUGUUUGAUUCCCUGCCUACUUGUUGUAUUUACCCGGCAACUUGAAAUCUUAGUGACAGCCCCAUUCAUUAUAUAUUUCAGUCAGCACAGUCACAGCAGGAUACAGUAUCUUAUGACCAGUCCCUGGAGUAUGCUCUUCAUUCUCUCCUAAGAAAGCGACAUCAUCAGGCGCAGGCUCUACCUACACCUCGUCCAGUGACUGCAUACCCCAUGCAGGGAGGCAGCAAGAGGUUAUGUCUUGCUGGUGCCUCGGCGUUGACUGCAGCUGAAGUUGCUCCCUGUCUACAGAGGUGCCAAAAUGUUAAUUCUGUUUUUUUCUUUAACUCUUUGAGCCCCAAUAUCCACAUACAAAUUCUCCAAACUGAUCUCUAUACAUUUCCGUAAAGAUUGAGUUGAGAGAAUUUGAUAAAAAAAAUCGAGGCAUUUUUUCUUUGGUGAUCAUUUUAUCCCUUGACAGUGUAUGGCUAUUGUUAGGAGAAAAUUGAUGUUGGUCACUGUUGGGCUUAAAGGGUUAAGGCUGGUUUCUGGAACUGCUGGAGUACGGGGGCGGGGGUGUGGGGGCACUUUCGACUGCGUGGAAAUCAAACAUUGGAAUUGUAAGCACAGUAGCCGAGUCAUAAGCUCUAGGAAUUCAGCGUUUUAAGAAUCUGCUAAUGACUCUGUCCCUUAUGAUCUUGUGAAACUGGAUCGAUAGCAGAAGCAGAAAAUAAUCGAGUCCCAAAUCUCAGUUGGUUUAGUUCCUCUUCUUCAACCAAUCGGAACCGCUACCCAGUUCCCAGUAGUGACGUGUCAUCAGUAUGCAAUUACUGCACCCAUUCCUCCGACGUCAUUUGUAAGCAUGCGCAAUUGCUGAAAUUUCCCUUUGACAUAGCCACUGUUAAGACUUGUGUAGCUAGGAUGAUGGGCAAAUAUGGAACCAUGAACCCUGAGAGUGUGGUCUACCGUUUAUUGGCUGUGUAGGCAAUUUGAUCCUUCCACAAGUCCUACCAAAAAGGUUUCAUUUGAAGUUUAACACCACAGGAUUUCACCAACAAAUUUAAAAGUUAGAAUGACAAGUACUUGGCAAGUAGGUGAAAUAGGAUUAAUGUUUCGUCGUUGGUUGUCUUUCAUUUUUGCAGUCCUGGUCUUUUGGAGGCAGUGCUGAACAUUGCAAGGCAUAAAGUGCUUCAGAAAAGGUAAGAAGGGUUCAAGAUCUCGUGGUGAAAACGGUUUACGGUCGUUUCGCCAACAAGGCCAGCUUAUCAGUUAUUAUUACCUUUGAAAAAACUGAAAAAAAAAAAAGGAAAAUGGUUAAGCGUUUUUUUUUUUGGCUGGGAAGAAUGGCGCCUUUUCUAAGGAGUCACUUCUUUUAGUAAACACUCCCUUCUCUUUUAACAGAGCCGCUGGUGUGAUUGAUGCGCUAAAGUCACGAGUGCCUGAUCCCUGUGUAACGUGUCAGUGGGGUGUGGUUGGCUCCGAAACAAACACUAUAGCAACAUUACAUGUUACGUCUCCAGAUGUUGGUGAUAUGGGAAGGUUAGUUUGUAUUUUGUUUUAGCAUUUUUUUAUGCCAUUGUAUUUCGGAGUAUUUUUGAAGUUGUUCAAGGCCGUGGUAUGAAUUUGUCAUCUAACAGUCUGAUACAAAAUACUUUUUAAAUGCUACUGAUGUAUAUUAAUACAUCAAGAUACCACUGGUGAAAAUGCUACUGAUGUAUUUUAAUAUAUUAAGAUACUACUGAUUAAAAUGCUACUGAUGUAUUUUAUAUACAUUAAGAUACUACUGAUGAAAAUGCUACUGAUGUAUUUUAAUAAGUUAAGAUAAUACUGAGUAAAAUGCUACUGAUGUCAGUACAGAGUGGUCGAGCCUACCGCACUGAGGUCUCGUACCCAAUCAUUUGAACUUAUAUGCUAUUGCAGUCUCAGGGUGUGAGUAAGCAAUUUAUUUGCCCCAAAAUUGAUGGAGGCAUUUGUUUUCUACGAACCUUAAACACUAUCCACAAAUUGAAUACUUUUUCCCUGGCAAGAUAGGCACAGCUGGAAUCGACUCUUGAACUGACUGAUGCAUUAAUUGCUGUUUCGUGUGUUUCACAUUAUUCUAGAAUUUGUGUUUUCUGUAUUUCCCUAGUUUGGUAAUGAACAAUUCACUGUUUUCAGAUCGUCUUUCCAGCUGUGUGUAGGAACUCGAGGAAUUCGAGCUGUUACAAAUGAUGGCUUGUGUUCGGAUUUAUCAACGCAUGCGAAAGAUCUGGAAGAUUUCAUUCUCAGUCAGGUUUGACUCAUUGUGCUACUAAGUUUUACACAAGAAGAAUGACAACUUUGAUCUUGCUGCUGAGUCUUACUUUUAACUUUCUCAUUAAAAGUUAAUAUUAUAAAGGAAAUAAAGGGAGAUGUAAAGAAUAUUAAAAGUUAACAUUGAAAAAUUAAAAUGCCAAAAAAAAAAAAUAGCUAAAAAAACAAAUAGCUAAAAAAACUUAUGUCCACAUCAGCCCGCAUACAAACUUGUGCGUUAAAAGGCUGCCGUCCACACGGGAUCACAUGUGGUCCUUACAUACGAUUGUCGUAAACGUUUUCCAGUGUGAACGAGGUCGUAAACGGAUUGUGUAGCUUCUGUGUCACAUUGCACUAUGGGACGAAUGUGGACCCAGUUUCUGCGCAGCAUCACAAUAGCCAAAGAAAGAAAUGAUAGAGUUUGCAAAACAAUCCCAUAGUGCAAUUCGACCCAACGUUGAUCUACGUAGUCUCACUCGCAAGCCCCAAAUGGCCAUUAAUAAAAACAUUCUCGUAUGGACGUUCUGCUGUGAAGAAAGUAUGAACUUAGCCUAAAUCACAAAAUUGAUAAUUUCUCCCUGAAAUGCUUAUCGUUUUGUCUAUGCAGUGCUCCCCUUAGUUCCGUGUAAAAUUUGAAUCACAAUAAAAAAAUCACUUUAGUUACACUAAAGACGUUAUUAACGCUUUUCUUUAACACGAUACGCGCUCACUGUCUUGCAGCCUUCAAACGUUCCGGCGACUAUUCAAAUAAAUACCACUUACAAGUCAUACUCUCACCUCUUUUGCAGGUCUGCAAUCACCGCUUGUCAGUGGCGCACUCUCUAGCGCUGAGCCUAGGAUGGCACGUGAUCCAUUGUAGUCGUCACGUGGGCACUGGUCCCAGUGAGCGACAGGGUCAUAUGAGAGGUUUGAUUGUGAAGUCGCCAAACGGCGCCAAGUAAGUGUUGAAAACAGAAGUAUUUUACUGAGCGAUUACAAUUCAAGUAGUUCCCUGGCCUCCAACGCAUUAGCCUGCGAGCAAGCUCUCCGGGGCGCUAUAGCGGCGGGGCCUUUUCGAUUCCCGCCCCGCCACCAGAGUGCCUGCUGGCAUGCUACCAACGCAUUGGUUAGGUACUUUAAAAGGUACUUUUCAUCAUGCCACACUGACCAACCGUUUAGAGACCAGUGGAACUAACCAAAGGAAACAGAACAACAUUAUUUGAUUGAAACAAAAUUUCCGACCAGCGAGACAGCGCUUUACUUUUUCACCGAAAUUGUGUAGUGGGGGCUUGAAACAAUAAAUUUUGAAAAUGGAACCGGUAAGUUUCAUCUGGACCGAACCAACGAGUCCCAAGGGUCGACUAUACUAUGAGGUUUCUGGGAAACUGUCCACCUCCCCCCCCCCCCCCCCUCCCCCCUCCGCCGCUUAAGCCAAUGUUUUGCCCUAAGUGAAAAGUAAAUGUUAAUGCUGGCUUAGGGGAGGGGUAGGUGGGCAGUUUCCCAGAAACCUAAGUUGACCCUAAGUAACUAAUAUCAUUUUUCAACUUUUUUUCAGAGCUGUCGCAGUCCGCACAGGACCGUCCAGCGGAGUAACCAUUCUGAUCAGGCGCCCUGAGCCUCCCUCUAGCGUGGCACCAGAGUUACUUGGGAACAUGAACUGGGGGAGCUUAGGUGGGGACUUCAAGGAGGUUCACUAUUCCAAAAUGCCAGGAAGAACUUUUGUGCAGAAAUUAUUUUUAUUGUUGGCUGUUGAAAUGCGAUGA